AUGUCGACGCCAAUGUCCACCUCUCAACUCACCCGCCGUACUUCACGAAGCUCUGGAAGUCAAGCCGGAUGUCGAUCGUCCCGGAUCGAAAAGCCCAGGAGCAAUCACAAUAGCCCCAUGGCGCUCGAAAGGAGGAAAACAACAUCUGGCACCAAACGAUACGCAACGCUCGAUGAUCAUUACAACAUGAUGUUUGGUAUUGCUGGUGAAGAGGAGGGAGACGAGGACCGACGAGAGCUCGGACGACCAUUGAGUUGGCACCCUUCAUCGACGCAAUUCCAAGUUCCGUCCCGAUCAUCGGUGAUAGAGCCGCUUCCCUCUCAAGACUGGACGCUGCACCCCCCAUCUGCACGCAACUCUACUCAUGGUUCUGAUUUCUAUUCUCUCUCCGCCCGAAAUUCUCUAUAUCCCGAGCAGACGCAACCUACUCCACACUAUCCGCAAUCACAUGACGGCCGAGGCUCUCAAUCUUCUGGAUCUAGCUGGCAAGAAGCUUCUCAGCAGACACCAUCCUAUGCCAUGUCCUCCUACUCGACACCUUCCACCGAACCACUCCCGUGGUACCUCCGAGAAUGGGCCAAGAAGAAUCAGACUCAAAAUGUCAACUCUUGCAAUGGAUCAAUGGACUUCCUCCCAAUCCAGCAUCCUACAGCUGAUCAAGAAACAAAAUCAGUAGCCGAGGACGAAGAUGAAGAGAUGGAAGCGUCUGGGAAGGAGUUGGUGGGAAUGGGCCUGUACGACCUGCCGGAACCAGAACUUGCUUGGGAUUCAUCGAAACUGAGUGAGGGAACCGGCAAAGGACUGAAACUCGAAGAGACAUGGCAGCCCCCAGAAGAUGAGGAGGAGGAGGACGCCGACGAAGCUAGCUCUGACGAUGGCAGCGUGGAAGAGCUGCCAGCGAAGGAUACCGCGCUACCAAUCAACGUCAAGCCCCAACUUGCCGGCAACAUGGAGGGCCAGAGUUUCUUUUUCGACGAGGAUGAUACCUACACCAAGGAGUGGUGGUUUCAACAAUUGAAGCAACCCUCUGUACCAGUGCGGGACGCUGGUUUGGGAUAUGGCUGGUUAUGA